AUGUUAACUAGAAUUAUAAAGUUGAAACCAUUAUUAAAAAAUUCUAAUUAUUGUUUAGCUUCUUUUUGUAGCAAGAAAGAUGAUAUAAAAGUAGAUGUUGAUAUUGAAAAAUUAAAAAAAGAACUUGAAAAUUUAAAAAGUAAUGACGAAUCAAAAUCUGAUUUUAUGAAUUUUACACAACAGCAACAAAAAAAAGCACAUGAAAGAAGUCAUAUUUUUAAUUGGAAAUCAACAAUGUUUACCUUGGGUACGGGUUUUGUUUUCCUUUCAGUUCUUUUAUACCUGAGACAAAAAAGAUUGAAUGAAGAGGAGAAACAAAGGCAAAUUAUGGCUGGAAAAGCACGUAUUGGUGGUGAAUGGGAACUUAUUAAUACAGAAGGAAAAUUAGAAGGAUCUAAAGACUUAUUAGGAAAUUGGGUUUUAACUUAUUUUGGUUUUACACAUUGUCCUGAUAUAUGUCCAGAUGAAAUUGAAAAAAUGGUUUCUGUGGUUGAUCAUUUAAAUAAACAUAAUCCUGAAAUAUCCAUAAUACCAGUAUUUAUAUCAGUAGAUCCUGAUAGAGACACACCAGAACGUGUAAAAGCAUAUUGUAGUGAGUUUUCACCUAAAAUUCGUGGUUACACUGGUUCAACUGAACAAAUUAAAAAAGUAACAAAGACAUUUAGGAUUUAUCAUAGUCAAGGACCAAAGACAGCAGAAGAUGAUUACAUAGUUGAUCAUACAGUUAUCAUGUAUUUAAUUGAUCCUAGUGGAGAAUUCCAUGAUUAUUAUGGACAAAAUAAGAGUGAUACUGAAAUUGCUGAUAUUAUAAAGCUUAAAGUUUUGAAAUAUGAACUUUCUAAGAAGAAUAAAGGCAAUUGGUUGUAA